AUGCCGCUCGCGCCCCCGCUCAACUUCCCCAAGUGGCUCGCCGAGAACGGCCACCUCCUCAGGCCCCCGGUCAACAACUUCUGCGUCUACUCCGGCAAGGAUUUCAUCGUCAUGGCCGUCGGCGGCCCGAACGAGCGCAACGACUACCACGUGAACGAGACCGAGGAGUGGUUCUACCAGCACAAGGGCGGCAUGCUCCUCCGCGUCGUCGACGACGGCGCGUUCCGUGAUAUCCGGAUCGAAGAGGGCGAGAUGUUCCUUCUCCCUCCGAACACGCCGCACAACCCUGUCCGCUUCGCAGACACGAUCGGGAUCGUCAUGGAGCGCGUCCGCCCCGAGGGCUCGAUCGAUCGCCUGCGGUGGUACUGCAAGUCCGGCGCGCACGCCGCACCGACGGUCAUCCGCGAGGACGCCUUCCACUGCACCGACCUCGGCACGCAGCUGAAGCCGCUCAUCCAGAACUGGAUGGCGGACGAGAGCCUGCGCAGGUGCGGCGAGUGUGGGGCCGUCGCGGAGGCCAAGUGA